AUGUCUCGCCACCAACCACAACUUCUUGACAACGUAUCAGACGACCGGACUAUUCUUUGGUAUCUCGCCAACCAAUUGCAAUCCAAUGUUUCAGCGUCUCACACGAUGCCCGCCAACCCGGUUGCUGUUCGUGCUGAUCCCAACUGCUGGAUCACGCAACACCGGAAUAGUGGUGAGGAGUGUCGUCGGCGGGCACCGUGGGAUGGCGACACCCAAAAUCCUAACUUCCCCGCCUUCGCCGCCUUCAUGGCCAUCGGCGUCACAUACACAACCUACGUGGCCAGCAAAGAAGGCGCAACCAUUGACGGCGCACGCACGCGCUGGCAAGGGCAACACGCGAGUGCACGACGAGUACUUAGCGGGGGCAUGAGCAUGGAGGAGUUUGCGAAGAUGCAGAUUUCGUGA